AUGGAUACUCCAUCUGGCAUCAAAGACUCCAGUCCUGCUUGGAUCAAAUUUUCCGUACAGGCCCCAGGUGAAAUACCAUACAAUGGAAUAUACUAUGAUCCACCAGAAGAGGAAAAGUAUGUGUUCCAACACCCUCAACCGAAAGCUCCAAAAUCAUUGCGCAUUUAUGAGUCACAUGUUGGAAUGAGUAGUCCGGAGCCCAAGAUUAACACGUAUACUAGCUUUAGGGAUGAUGUGCUGCCUCGAAUCAAGAGGCUUGGGUACAAUGCUGUUCAGAUAAUGGCCAUACAGGAGCACUCGUAUUAUGCAAGCUUUGGGUAUCAUGUUACCAACUUUUUUGCACCCAGCAGCCGUUUCGGAACACCAGAUGAACUCAAGUCCUUGAUUGACAGAGCUCAUGAGCUAGGUCUUCUUGUUCUCAUGGAUAUUGUUCACAGUCAUGCAUCAAACAAUGUACUUGAUGGACUGAAUCAAUUUGAUGGCACUGACACACAUUAUUUCCAUUCUGGCCCACGGGGCCAUCACUGGAUGUGGGAUUCUCGCCUUUUCAACUAUGGGAGUUGGGAAGUUUUAAGAUUUCUAUUAUCCAAUGCGAGAUGGUGGCUGGAGGAGUAUAAGUUUGAUGGCUUUAGAUUUGAUGGUGUGACCUCAAUGAUGUACACUCAUCAUGGACUUGCGGUAGGCUUUACUGGGAAUUACAGUGAAUACUUUGGGUAUGCUACUGAUGUGGAUGCAGUGGCCUUCUUGAUGCUGGUAAAUGACAUGAUACAUGGGCUUUACCCAGAGGCUGUUACUAUUGGUGAAGAUGUUAGUGGAAUGCCAACUUUCUGCAUCCCUGUUCAAGAUGGUGGUGUUGGAUUUGAGUAUCGCCUUCAUAUGGCUAUUCCAGAUAAAUGGAUUGAAAUGAUGAAGUUAAAGGAUGAAGAUUGGAAGAUGGGUGAAAUUGUUCACAAUCUCACUAAUAGGAGAUGGCUAGAGAAAUGUGUGGCUUAUGCUGAAAGCCAUGACCAAGCUCUUGUUGGUGACAAGACCAUCGCAUUUUGGUUAAUGGACAAGGAUAUGUAUGACUUUAUGGCACUGGAUAGACCAUCAACUCCCAGGAUUGAUCGUGGAAUUGCUCUGCACAAAAUGAUUAGACUAGUCACAAUGGGUUUGCGUGGUGAAGGAUAUCUAAACUUCAUGGGAAAUGAAUUUGGGCAUCCAGAAUGGAUAGAUUUUCCAAGAGGUGAUCAACAUCUUCCAAAUGGGGCAGUGAUACCAGGGAACAAUUAUAGUUAUGAUAAAUGUCGUCGUAUGUUUGAUUUAGGAGAUGCAGAUUAUCUCAGGUAUCGAGGAAUGCAAGAAUUUGAUCAAGCAAUGCAACAUCUUGAGGAGCAAUAUGACUUCAUGACAUCAGAGCACCAAUAUAUUUCACGGAAAGAUGAGGGGGAUAAGAUGAUUAUUUUUGAACGAGGGAAUUUGGUAUUUGUUUUCAAUUUUCAUUGGAGUAAUAGCUAUUUCAACUACCAAGUUGGUUGCUUAAAGCCUGGAAAAUUCAAGGUGGUUUUGGAUUCCGACGAUAAACUGUUUGGUGGAUUCAAUCGAAUUGAUCACACAGCAGAGUACUUCAGCACUGAAGGGUUAUUCGACAACAGGCCUCGCUCUUUCUUGGUGUAUGCGCCAAGUCGAACUGCGGUAGUUUAUGCUCUUUCUGAGGACUGAAGGAAGACAAGCUGCAGUGAAAUGCCAAACAAAGCCAUUUUUAUCUAUUAGUUAAGCAAACUGCUGCAGUGAAAAAUGCAAUUGCUGGUGAUGUGUUUGGUCGUUUCCUGCAUCCCAAAUUGGAGCUUAAAUGGCAUACUUAAUCACGAUGAUCGAGAAACCAACGUUCCAGGAUAGAUUGCGACGUUGGGCUGGAACAACCAUUAUAUUCUCGAUUGCUCCUUGUGCCUCUUAGCGGCAUCAAUUAACCGGCUGCUGAUGUCACCUCGGCAGCAUGUA